AAAACCCUUACCGGAUCCACCUGUGGAAGAGACCACGAGUGGGGAUAUUUUCGACGAAGCUAGCGAUGAUGAUAGUCCUGGUGGUUUGCUCGAGCUUCUGGAAGAGAUGCCACAGACCGAGACGACCACAAAGGGUACCACUAUUCUUAUCCGUGAUCUGCCUGUGCCGAAGAACUGGUCAGGUCGAUUACCUCGCACUCUGCUCCUGGAAGUGGUUCACAAGAUCGACAAAUAUGCCAAUGUCAGCUUCCGGCCUAUAUCUGGUGCAAGCCGCGCAAAACGGUCGGCAGUGCGCGUCAUCUGGCAGCAGGACGACGCCAGCGAGUGGUCCAUGGAAGAUAUUGCUUGCCACGAUUCGAAUCAAGCAGAGCAGUACAUCGCUUUGGUUGCGACGCACCAGCUCACCUUCCCGGAGACACCUGGCUUUGCUGUUGGCGGCACUGCAUCUGCCAACGCCCAAACCUCGUUUAGGCUACUUCCACCUGUGUAUCGAGGCCUGUGGAACGAAUUAGAAGAAAAGAGGCGGGCAGACCAUGAUCACGUUAACCGGGAUAUCUGGGCAAAGCUGAGGGGCAUUCUUGAGCCGAAGCUGAGUGGGUACAAGACGCCGGUUAAGAGGCAGAGAGUUGUAACGCAGGCCGCGCGCACGACUUCAGGAAAUGAAAACGAUCAGGCCAUCGUUUCCUCCGGUAAGAUUGCCACCGACUUUAGAGUCCGACAGGAGAGCAUAGCUUAUCAAGAAAUGCUUGUACGUGGAAGUAGCUAUUCUCACCUUCGCUGGCGCUGAUAACGCCUGGCAGCGACAACGCAACAGCCUUCCGAUCGCUGCAUAUCGGGAUAAGAUUGUCUUGACGCUAGAAUCAUCACAGGUCCUCGUACUCAGUGGAGAAACUGGAUGCGGUAAAUCGACCCAACUUCCUGCAUUCAUCUUGGAGGACUGCCUCUCUCGUGGGCAGCACUGUAAGAUCUACUGUACGGAGCCACGGCGUAUCUCAGCUUUGUCACUUGCCAACCGCGUGUCACGAGAACUGGGAGAGCCUCUUGGAGCUGUCGGGACAAACGGGUCGCUUGUCGGGUACUCCAUCCGACUAGAGAGCAACACGUCUAGGACAACCCGACUGACAUAUGUCACGAAUGGUAUUGCGUUGCGCAUGGUUGAAGGUACUGCUGCCGAUCAGCGAGGGUCAUCCUUCGACGAGAUCACGCAUAUCAUUGUGGAUGAAGUACACGAACGCACCAUAGAGUCUGACUUCCUCCUGAUUGUGCUCAAGUCGUUGAUCCAAGAACGCCCCAACCUUAAAGUAGUAUUGAUGUCAGCCACACUCGACGCGGAGAAGUUCUCAAGCUACUUUGGCGGCUGUCCAGUCCUUCAAGUCCCUGGCCGAACAUUCCCUGUAGAUGUUCGCUAUCUUGAAGAUGCGGUUGAGUUCACGAGGUGGAAGGUGGCGGAGGGUUCCCCUUAUGCUAUACGCGGUACCGACAGAUACUCGCGCAAUCGUUCUCGUAGUGACUGGUCGGAGGACACUGCGCUCGCGAACGAUGACGAGGAUGAGGUCGCGCAUGAAGAUGUUCAUCUCGAAAAGCGAUACUCUUCUUCGACGGCUUCUACCAUCAACACGCUUGACGAGCGCCUCGUCCCAUACGACCUUAUCGUUCUGCUUCUGGAGGGCAUCUGUUUACAAGAGUCGGUUUACAGCGGCUAUUCGUCAGCCAUCCUCAUUUUCAUGCCAGGUCUCGCGGAAAUCCGGCGAUUGCAUGAGAUGCUCAUGGAGCACCCGGUAUUACAGUCUGAGGAGUACUUCAGGAUAUACCCGCUACACUCCAGCAUUGCAAGCGACCAGCAAGCGGCGGUAUUUGACGUGCCUCCUCAGGGUAUGAGGAAGAUAGUGAUUGCCACCAACAUUGCCGAGACUGGUAUCACCAUCCCAGAUAUCACUUGUGUUAUAGACACUGGCAGACAGAAGGAGAUGCGCUUCGAUGAGAAGCGCCAGAUUAGUAGACUGGUCGACACGUUCGUGGCUAAAAGCAACGCUACUCAGCGUCGGGGACGUGCUGGGCGUGUACAACCCGGUCUUUGCUUCCAUCUCUUCACGAAAGUCCGACAUGACACAAAGAUGGCGGACCACCCCGAUCCCGAGAUUAUGCGAUUGAGCUUGAGUGACCUUGCUCUGCGCAUCAAGAUCAUGAAGGUCAAGAUGGGAUCCUCCAUAGAAGACGUUCUCUCUCAAGCCCUCGAUCCGCCGUCUCCGGUCAAUAUUCAGAGGGCUGUAUCUGCAUUGGUCGAGGUCGGGGCUCUGACGACAUUGCAAGAUAUUACACCGAUGGGUCGACUGCUGAGCAAGUUGCCAACCGAUGUUCACCUUGGGAAAUUCUUGCUUAUCGCCUGUGCCUUUGGCUGCCUCGACCCUGCGCUCACGAUCGCGGCAGCUUUGAACUCUAAGUCUCCCUUUUUGACGCCCUUCGGUAAGGAAGAAGAGGCUCAUCGUCAGAAACUAUCGUUCAGAAUAGAGAACUCUGAUUUUUUCACGCUUCAUAAUGCCUUUUCAAGUUGGCGUCGGGCAUGCGCGAACGGGCCUUCCGUUGCGCGUAAACUGUGCAGAGACACUUUCAUGAGCCAUCAGAAUCUGCAACAGAUCGAAGAGCUUCGUGAACAGUUCCUUGGCUACCUCAUUGAUUCCUCCUUCAUUAAAGCACCUCCAGCCUUAGUAAAGGAACUUAAUCGAGCUCGUUAUUCCAGCCGAGGACGAACACGCUUUGUCUCUCCACCUACGGAAUUGGAUCGUAACUCAGGCAAUUAUGCCAUUGUCGGUGCUGCACUAGCUGCAGGUCUCUACCCCAAGAUGCUAUUGGCGGGGGGCAAACCAGGCACGGAGAGUUUAACGACUAUCACAAACAACCAACGCGUCGCUUUCCACCCGUCUUCCGUAAACUUUGGACGGAAGCCUUCAGAUUUUGGGGUGAAUUACUUGUGCUACUUCACGAUCAUGCAAUCGAAGAAGAUGUACGCUUGGGAGACGGGGCCUGUCGAAGACCUGUCGGUUCUACUGCUAUGCGGAGACGCAGAGUUCAAGCUUUUGGCGGAUACUGUCUCCUUGGACAGGAAGAUGCGCUACAGCGUUAGUCCGAAAGCGAGCGUUGCUCUCAAGUACCUUCGGAAAGAGAUGACGUCCACGCUGGCGAUACACUUCAGCGGGAAACCCGUAACCGAGCCUGAUGCCGUUUGGGAGGACACGGCCAUGGCCAUGCUGGGCAAGGUCAAACCAGAGGACUCGGAGAAGAAAGCUGAGAAAAUCACUCUUGUAACAAAUAGAGUGCUGUAACAGAAUAUCUACGCAAAUCCCGAGUGUUUGCUUCUGGGGUCAUGCAGCGUGGGAGAUUUGUCACCAGUCUACUCGGUGGUAGAUUGCGUACUGAGGAUACAAUAUAGCAUUGCAGACUUUACUCAUAGGGCUUGGGUCUCAAGGUCUCAUUCUUGACACGAUUCUGGUAUAUCGUAAACGCUCAUGCAAGCCCAUGGAGCAUAAUGAUAUUGAAACAUCGAUAGCGUAACAAGAGCAAUACGACAAAGGCGUAAGACGCUUAGUCUUCUUCCUCCUCGUCUCCCUCCGUCUGAAUGUUGUAGAAACGGAGCUGGUAAGAAUCCUUCGAAGAAGCAACAACGCGUAUCCAGUCGCGGAGCUGGUUUUUCUUCAAGAACUUCUUCGUCAGGUACUUGAGGUACCGCUUAGAGAUGGGGAUACUGGCGGUAACAGUGACGCUAACGUCGCCCUGGCGGGUGAUCUUGACAUUGUCACCAAGCUGACCGGUCUUGCCCUGGACCUUGAUGCGGUCAUGCAGGAAUUUUUCGAAGGCCGCGCCAUCGAAGACACCGUCCGAGGCAGGGCGGGUGUAGUCAAUGACGAACUUGUGCUUGGAUGCAGCAGACUUUCCGGAGGCGGCCUUGGGCAUCUUGAUGGUGGGGCGGAGACGUCGGAAGGGAGUGGGUC